CCCAAAAUCCUUUUUUGUUUGCAAAGGAAGGACAAAAUUAAAAAAAAAAAACGGCACUUUUACCAAUCGCACCGGGUCCGGAGCAACAAAUGUGGCGGCGAAACCCAUUUCAGGAAAAUGCGGACUCUGAUCAGAGCAUUUCCGACGAGGAGGAUUUCAACGAUGAUUUUCGAGAAAAAUGCGUUUCCUUAGGCGACCGCUUAGAAAAAGAGAAGGAGGAAGGAUUACAACUUCAAUCAAGACUGGAAACACUUAAAGAAAAAUGUGAUAACAACCGAUCGCAUAAUCAGGAACAUUCAAGUUUUUAUCUUGAAGAGGAUGUUGAAGUGCCUGACUCCCCCAAUGAGAGUGGCUGCGUCCUCUCUAGGAAGAUAUGUACUCAAGUUUCCAAUGAGGAACUUGUCUCUGAUGGUGAGGGGAAUGCCAUGCGCCCAAAAUUUUCAGCUGCUUCUGAUGCUAAAAGAUCUAAUCAUAACUAUGGAACUGGCGAGCAAGAUGGAGGAAAUGCAUGGUCUAUGGUAACUAAAGAAGCUGAGGCACUAAUCCAUUUGGACAAAAAUGUUUCAAGCUUUUCAUCUCCUUUUACUUGCCUCAAAAUGGACAAAUCUUGUAAAGGUGCCAAAGGCAAAAUGAGGCCUAGAUUUUCAUUUGGUUUCCAACCACGUAAAGGAGUUUCAUGGCCUGCAAUUUCAAAUAUUGAAAAUGAUGUGUCAACAAAGGCUGGUGAAGUGCCUGAAAGAUUGAAGGCCUCUAAUCAUGGAACCAUAGAUCAUUCAAUGGCUGAGUUUCUUGAAGAUUUCAAUGGAAAAGAAGAAAAGCAGUUAGAGAUUAUUCCUACUGAUGUAGAAUGUCUUGGUCAUAGAUUUAUUGAGCAUUCAAUGGCUGAGCUUUUGGAUGACCUUCAGGAUAAUUCCAGUCUUCUAAGAGGAAAUUCUAAAAUGCAUAGCAGAGCAAGAGGAAAAAGGACAAAAGCUGCUCUCAAAAGAAGUAUAUGUUCUCUGGGUGAUAGAACCAUUGAAAGUGGAGACCUCCAUGAGCCCUUCAGUGAUGGAUCAUCAAGCAAUGACGAGGCUGAAUACCAAAAUCUGGAACUUACUACCCCUGAGAUGAAGAAGCAAACUAUUUCAGAUAAGUUUCAGGAAGCCUUAGGUGCCACCUCCUUGAGUGAUGAAGGGGCCUUUAUUGCUGGACCUAAAGCAUUGAGCAUUGGACUAUUUGGGAAGUUACAGCAGGUCAUGCAUCGUGAAAAGGAGACAGAUACGCAUUUCCUGAAGAAGUUGCAGAAUGGAGCUAGCCUUAAAAAUGAACCAAGCUGCAUCACUGUGAAAAUUGUGUCAAGACAUUUGGAUGCAAAGCUGACAGUCUGUUAUUGCUCUUUUGUUAAGACUGUAGAGAAUUUUUGGCAGCCAGAGAGCCCCAAAAUAUUGGAAAAUGAAGGACGAAAAGGAACAGUUAUUUUCAAUCAGAGGAUAUGCAGCAAUGUUGACCUUGAAAUUGGAAACUUGAUCUGCAUUCACCCCCCAUGGAAGGAAGUUGACGACAUGGAUCGUGGUGACAAAAUCAUUUUAUGUACAUAUUUCUCUGAUAUUUCAGUGUAACUAGUUUGGGCUUGGCUAGAAGGAAAGGACUGUUUACAUCAUUCCUUGGACUCUUGGACAAGGUCAUAUGAUUGGUUGAAACUAUCCAAGAACCAUGCAAAUCUGUGUAAAAAGUCCGACCUACUUAUCUGAAUAUUGAUUUGUUUGUUUCAUCUGGUUGUAACAUUAGAAUUUAUUUGAGCAUGCACCAGUUAUUAAGAAGUUUUUAUUGUACGAUAUAGAAUUUAAAGAAACAGAAGUUUCUUGUUAACUAAUUUUAUUUCCUAAUU